CAAAUUGUAAUAGCCAACUUUUCCUUCUUCCCAAACUGAGCCAUCUCUUCUGUAAUCGUGUUUCUUCAUUACUACCACACAUUUCCAUCUGAUGAAUGCAAUGUAACCAUCGUCUCCAUGCCACAUCCUAUCCACCUCUCUUCCACCGCAGCUCCGGUCACUCCUCAACUCCCCGCCCCACCAUCCAAACUCCACCACCUCCCCCCUCCGCCUCCUCUCCCGGCUUCCUCCGAUCCCACUCGUCGUGUAAUUUCCUUCCUUCCGGAUCCCAAACCACCCAAAGCCGCCGCACCAGUUAACACUCAACUCCAAGAGAAUCUCCUCUACUUGGAUUCCCUCGGGAUAGACUCCUUCCGUUGCCUCACUUCCCAUCCUCUGCUUGUCUCUGCCUCACUUUUCCAAUUCAAAUCCGUCAUUGAUUUCUUGUACACCCUCGACAUCAGUAUACGCGAGAUCCGCCGUGCGGUUCACAUGUGCCCGGAAAUCCUAACUGCCUCCGUCCCGUCUACUUUACGCCCCGCGGUCGCGUUUCUGGUCCUUGAGGCUGGAGUGGAAGGACGGAACCUUCCCGGCGUCAUACACGGCCGGCCGCGGCUUCUCACAUGCAGCGUCGAGGAGCGGCUCCGUCCGGCUCUCUUUUUCCUGCAAAGUGAUGUUGGAAUCAAGGAUGUUAGCAGAUGGACGGCCCUGCUUUCCUGUUCUGUGGAGUCCAAAUUCAUGCCCAGGCUAGACUACUUUCAGAAACUAGGGUUUUCAGAACGAGAGGCCAUGGAAAUGUUCAGGAAGUUCCCUUCCUUGUUCUGCUAUAGCAUUGAAGAGAAUAUGGAACCGAAAUUCAAUUACUUUAUGGUGGAAACGGGGAGGGAGUUGAAGGAACUGAUUGAUUUCCCUCAAUACUUCUCCUACAGCUUAGAAAAGAGGAUAAAACCUAGGCAUCAAACAUGCAAGGAGAAAGGGCUGUGUUGGUCCUUGCCUUUCAUGCUGAAAUCGUCAGAGGUGCAAUUUCAGGAGAGAUUGCAGGUGUGCUGCAAUUCAUCUAUGCCGGUGAGAUCUUCACCUUUGUGGUGUGCCGGAAUCUGAUCAUCAUAGGUAAAGAUAUAAUUUCCUAUCCAAUUGUUAAUUUCCAUGUAUAUGUUAUUGCGGCAGAAUCACAUUUUGUCACUGUAAGAGCCCUUCCUGUCUUCCUGUGUAUUGUUAAUGUAUGUUAGAAUGCUCUGGUUUAAAAUUAGUUUCACUGGUUCAUUUAACUUCUCAUGUAUAUUGAUCAAUGAAUGUUGAAUAGUAUUGGCGGAAUGCAUGAAUAUUUCUCUUUCUUAUUUCUAUAAUCAAUUGAAUUGCA